GUACCACCUGAGGAUCUCAGCCCGAACCUCUCUGAAUUCACUCCUGCGAGCGGUGUUUCAUUGUUGCCGUCCGGUGUUUCUUUUACGGAAAGAAGCGUCCACAGCGAAAUAUUUUGUCCUCGUGGCUUCAAGUGCGAAUUAAUCGCGUCCACGCUCUAUUAACAUGUCGUUUCCCUGUGCGUAAAAUGCCGCGCUUAGUGCGUCCUGGCGCGGACGAUUGCUUGGAAAAUGUGCGGUGUCUGUCGCGUUUCCUUCACGCCCCGCUGCUGUGGGUCGGUGCUGAGCAGGAGUGGCAUCUCGGCGACAAAAUCUGGAUGAAAGAGCGUCCUUUAGAGCUCAGGCAUGCAUCGAGAAGUGAGAUCAUUGGCGAUAUAAAUAUCCCCGUGCCAGCAGAACCACUCCAGCUACUGCAGCCGGGGUAAUGCCUAGGAGCGCUGCAUGCAGUGCGUGCGCACGGUUUCUGGUGCUCAGAUCUCAGGAGCGAGACCAAAAUGCUAGAAGUGGCCUCCCGGGUGUCUCCUUUUUGAAAGAAUGAAUGUUCCUCUUUACCUUCUGACCUUCGCUCACUUGAUUUGCACCGCUGCGGGAGCUCAGCACGUCUCUUUGGAGCGCCAACUUCUGGAGGAGGGGAUCCGUUCGGGACGCAGGACUUGCAGACUCUACUGUAGGGUUGGCAUCGGCUUCCAUCUCCAGAUUCAUCCCGACGGUAGAGUCAACGGCAGCCAUGAGCCCAACCAGCUGAGUGUCCUGGAGCUCUUUGCGGUUUCUCAGGGGGUCAUCGGUAUCAAAGGGGUCUACAGUAACAGAUUCCUGGCCAUGAAUAAAAGAGGACGGCUGCACGCAACUGAACGGUUCACGGAUGACUGUAAGUUCAGGGAACGUUUCCAGGAGAACAGCUACAACACUUAUGCCUCAGUAAUCCACAGGAACCACAGGACAGGUCGCGAGUGGUUUGUGGCCCUUAAUAAGAGGGGGAAAGCUAAAAUGGGCUCCAGCCCCCGGGUCAAAUCCCAACAUGUCUCUACCCACUUCUUGCCCAGGGUCAGCCUGCACGAUAAGGGCGAGCAAGGCUUCACCAUCACAGACAGGAGCAAAGAGAGGAGGAAAACCCCACUCCCACCACCUCCAAAGCCACCCGCGGCAAAGGCAAACAUCCAAGCAGGAACCACACCGAGGCAUACGCAAGUCAAGUACUGGCCCAAGUACAGGUUUGGAUAGGUUUAUAGAAAUUGGACAAAUGGACGUACCCCAUAAACUGACAAUAGUUAUUUAUCACAUUCAAAGCAUUCCAGGUAUCUAUGAACUGUGUGAAAAACCUCAAAGGGCUGACAGGUAUAACUGCUGAGCUUUUCUUUUUUGAAGCUAUGACAAUAGCUGGAUGCUGUGUUUGAGUUAACGAUGCUCUGUCACAUACCGAUGAAGCUGAAAUCCAUAACAUUAGAAAUAUUCUUGAUGAGAAGUAUUUGACAGAGAGACUUCCAGUUCGUUCUGCUGUCUUGCAAGAAUAAGAAUGAUGCUCUUAAUCUUGCAAUAAUGACACUAACCCCCCUGGCUAAACAAAAGUGAUUUCGUUCAGGACCACUGGUGGAUAGGAGAUUAUUUCUGUCUGCAGUAAUGUAUUUUUGGUCACGUGCUUCUGUUCUAGACUACCCCACCCAUCCAUGUGUCCAGGUGGAAAGCAUAAGGCAAUGUUGCCUGCCUCCUCAUCUUUCUAUGUUCAUAUAUGGAAAGCUAGAAGUAAGGGAGGACAGUACCAAGAACCCUCCACACAGAACAGCAAUGACAACUGAUCUGAGAUUCACUGAGUCAGAUGUGACGUGAAAGGAAAAGCUGAGGCUGCGAACUGAUCUGCCAGUAUCGCAGCUUGACAACAUGCUAUGACUGAUUAUGACUCGAGUGAGGACUACAUAGUUAUUUUGUUUUGUUUUGUUAAAUGAUAAAUAAAAUGAUGAUCAAAUGAAGCUGGCGAAACACCAUUGUGACUUUUCAGUCAUACAUUCUUUGUAUGGGGGCCUUUUAUUCUUCUAAUAAAACAUGUCAUUUCAGAGGAAAAUCAUUUAAAAUUUGCAAUUAUUUUAUGAAAUCGUGUUGUGUCCAAUUUCAUUAGGCCAAAAAAACCGUAUCUCAAAGUCAGAUCUGAAAAUGUAACGUUUUAUAUUAUGUCUAAAAUUAGCAGGGAGGUGACACAUCUAAAGCAGAUAAUGGAUUUCAGCUUUAAACACUAAAAACUAAUGAGGUCAUGAAUAUUUUCUUGUUGGUUAAAUCACACAUGCUGUGAUCACUUUUUGAGGUAAUCUGUAUUUUCAAGCCACUUUUUGAGAUAUAACAAUGUCUCUCAGUGAUUCAGCCUGAACAUACACACCGGCCAACUUUUUAGGAACACCAGAUUUGUGAUAAUGAGCAAGAAAACGUGGACUGGCUCUCUGGAGGCUCCUCCUUUUUCUUGGACAGCUGUGAGGGAUCAUGGAGAAAACUGUCCAUCAAAACUAUCAUUUUAGCAACCGGCUGUUCCCCCAAAAAAUCCAGAGUCACGACCUCCCAGCAUUCCACCCAGGAGGAGUGCACACCGCCGUCACCACAGGGAUAAAGAUGCCAAGAAAGAGCCGCCGCUUGUGUAGAGGAAGGUUCAAGCUGUAGGUGUAUCAGAUGGCAAUGACCUCAUAGGAGCACCGGGACAUCUCAGGGGAAAAAAGAAAAGCUUGGUGGCGAGGAACGCAGAAUGUCUCAGAGUUUGGUUUAAAAAUCAAAUAUUGUCUUUAAUGUAACUGUUUGACUUAUUGGAGACUGCUGCACAUUUUAUAAAACACUUGUUUGAAAUCAGUGUCAUGAAUUUACUCCACUGGCAAAAAAAUGCAUAUUAAUCUAUGACGAAACUAUUUGAGCACACAGCAGUGAGUGCAAACGUUUUAAACGCGUAUCAGAACGCUCUAUAUUUAGUUUGCACUUUUUGUAGGGACACAUAAGAUUGUCUCAUCUUACGUUAUGAAGCCACCCUGUCUCACAGAAAAAAGAAAUAUUUCUAUUUGUUUGCGUACAUGGAGGUUUUUGGUUUACAAAACUUCAAACUAACGUAUUUCAAUUGUAGGAAUAAUGUUUUUUUAAUGUGUGAGACACCUCGGACAGCGGCAGCAGUUUUAUUAUAACCCAAACAAUGAAGUAGUUUUAUUUCAUACACCAAACUAAAGAAAUCACAUUCAGCACUCCUGCCACCAAACAGACUUUUUUGGCCGUUACACCUAAAAAAAACUACAUUUACCCAGAUAUGAGUGAAGGUUGAUAAAUAAACAAACUGUAUUUAAGUAGGUGAGAAAACAGGAUGAAAUUUGUGUCCAUAAACAGAAUUCUAUAUAUUAUUUUAGGCACUGCUGUGAGUCUCUUGGCUGUAUCUUCAAAACAUGAUCAGGUCAGUGUCAAACUCACACUUACAUCCAUCAGAGCUGUAUAAUAAUUUAAAUGUGCUGUAUUAUAUUGUUGUAAUCGUAAGCAUUACCAAAUUAUCAUUUUGCGUCCUGAACCACAUCCAUCCUCGGUUUUACCAAUUACAAUUGAACACACAUUGUUGGUGAACAUGGCAACAGAAUAUGAACACGAUCAUAGAGGAGAAGUAAAAAUAUGUAGCUUCAUAUGUUAAAGUUAUUACACCGGUUAUUACAGUGGAAUAAAGCCAUUGUAGCCCAGUGUUAGCCAGUGUUUCUGUUGAUUUUCAGCUGUACAACUGAUAUUUCUCAUGAAAAGCAUGUAGCACAUGAAUGAAGCAUUUUCCACACUGUAUUUAUGCAGAUGGCAAUCUGUAGUUUCUUGAUGCUGUGUGUCUUGUUACAAUGUUCUGUGUUGCCACUGCGUUGUGUGAUCGCAUCCCAGAGCAAUAUUUUUUCUACCAGAUUGUUUUUUUCAUAAAAAUGUAUGUACGACAAAAAU